AUGGGUUACCCUGACACUUUCGAAGGCUUCUGCGUUGACAGCCCCAAAUCAUGGAACAAGUUUGAGAAGCACACCCUUACCCCCAAGACCUGGGGAGAUCGCGAUAUCGAUGUCCAGGUCGACGCCUGUGGUGUCUGCGGCUCGGAUGUCCACACUGUCACCGGCGGAUGGGGAGACUUUGAAGGUCCUCUUUGCGUCGGUCACGAAGUUGUCGGUAAGGCUGUCCGAGUAGGCGAUAAGGUCAAGGAUAUCAAGGUUGGAGAUCGUGUGGGAGUUGGAGCCCAGGUCUCUUCUUGUCUAGAGUGCAAGCUUUGCAAAAACAAGAACGAGAACUACUGCCCUGAUAUGGUCGACACCUACAACUGCAAAUAUCCUGAUGGCAGCAUCGCUCAUGGUGGUUUCGCUUCGCACAUCCGCGCACACGAGUACUUUACCUUUAAGAUCCCCGACGCUCUCAAGACUGAGCAGGUUGCUCCUCUUCUCUGCGCUGGUAUCACCACUUACUCUCCCCUUGUGAGAGCCAACGUCGGCCCCGGCAAGACUGUUGCUGUUGUUGGUAUCGGCGGUCUCGGUCACAUGGGUGUUCAAUGGGCCAAGGCUCUCGGUGCUGAGGUCUAUGCUAUGACACACUCCCCCUCCAAGGUUGAGGACGCAAAGAAGCUGGGCGCAAAGGAGGUUAUUCUUACAACCGAGGAGAACUGGGCCGACAAGUACAAGUUCACCUUUGACUUUAUCCUCAACUGUGCCGAUCAAACACACAAGUUCGAUAUGAACGCCUACAUGUCGACCCUCAACAUUGGAGGCGAGUUCCACAACGUUGGCAUCCCUGACGAGCCUCUCCCUCAGUUGACAGCUGGUACCUUUGCUGGCAAUGCUGGCAAGAUCACCGGUAGCCAUCUCGGUAACCAUCAGGAGAUGGAUGCUAUGCUUAAGCUUGCAGCUGAGAAGAACAUUGCUGCUUGGGUUGAGACUAUUGACGUCUCUGAGAAGGGAUGUGCUGAGGCAGUCGAGCGAGUUAAGGAUAACAAGGUGCGAUAUCGAUUCACCUUGACUGGAUUUGAAAAGGUGUUCAAGCGGGAUUAA